CACGCGGCCGCGGCGACUCAUACCUGCGCGGAGUUGCGUCGCGUCUUGGCUGCCGCCACCUCCCACCCGUCCGUUAUACUUAUAGCAAACAAGCUCUGUCCACCUCAUUCUUCCAUCUCUUCGCCAUGGCCACAGUCAAAGUCACGAAAGUCUGCUGCAUCGGCGCCGGAUAUGUCGGUGGCCCUACGUGCGCCGUCAUCGCGCUGAAAUGCCCGCACAUCCAAGUCACCAUCGUCGACCUCAACCAGGCGCGUAUAGACGGGUGGAACAGCCCCGACUUCGACCUCCCCAUCUAUGAGCCCGGCCUCGUCGACGUGGUCAAGCAGGCCCGCGGGCGCAACCUGUUCUUCUCGACUGACGUCGACAAGGGCAUCCAGGAGGCAGACCUCAUCUUCGUCAGUGUCAACACACCCACGAAGAAGAGCGGUGUCGGAGCGGGAUUCGCGGCAGACCUGAACUAUGUCGAGCUCGCUACACGACGCAUCGCAGCUGUCGCGCACUCUUCCAAGAUUGUCGUCGAGAAGUCGACCGUGCCCUGCCGGACCGCCGAGUCGAUGCGCACCAUUCUCGAGGCCAACUCGCGCCCGGGCUGCCGGUUCGACAUCCUCUCGAACCCCGAGUUCCUCGCAGAGGGCACCGCGAUCAGCGACCUCUUCAAGCCCGACCGCGUACUCAUUGGCUCACUGCAAUCGCCCGAGGGUAGGGGCGCGUGCGAGGCGCUCGCGGAGGUCUACGCGAACUGGGUGCCGAAGGAGCGCAUCCUCACCGUCGGCCUGUGGUCCUCGGAGCUCUCGAAGCUCGCCGCGAACGCGAUGCUCGCGCAGCGCAUCUCGUCGAUCAACGCGCUGUCCGCGAUCUGCGAGGCGACGGGCGCGAACAUCGACGAGGUCGCGCAUGCGAUCGGGUUCGACUCGCGCAUCGGGCCGAAGUUCCUGCGCGCGUCGGUCGGGUUCGGAGGGUCGUGCUUCCAGAAGGACAUCUUGAACUUGGUGUAUUUGAGCGAGAGCUUGCACUUGCCCCAGGUCGCGGCGUAUUGGCGCCAGGUCGUCGAGAUGAACGAGCACCAGAAGAGUCGGUUCUCGAAGACCGUUGUGGAUACGCUGUUCAACACCAUCACCGGCAAGCACAUCGCCGUCCUUGGGUUCGCGUUCAAGGCGGACACUGGUGACACGCGCGAGUCGCCGGCCAUCUCGCUCGUCCGCGACUUCCUUUCGGAGCGCGCCUACGUGACCAUCUACGACCCGAAGGUCGAGGACGCGCAGAUCUGGCUUGACCUCGCCGAGGCGUGCCCACUCGUGCCCUUGGAAAACAUCAAGAAGCAAGUUACCAUCGCCCGCUCCUCGCUCGAGGCGUGCAAGAACAAGGAGGCGAUCGUCAUCGCCACCGAGUGGAAGGAGUUCCGCGAGAUCGACUGGGAGACGGUCUACGCCCAUAUGAACAAGCCCGCGUUCGUGUUCGACGGGCGCAUGAUCAUCGACGCGGAUGCGCUCAAGAAAAUUGGCUUCAAGGUCAAGAUUAUCGGCCGUGGUGACAGGCUGUGAUAGACGUCGCAUUGUAGACGUAUUUAUUGUCAUUGAACGUGGCGCGUUAGAGCAUGUGCAAGUAAUGGCCGGGAUAACGGAUACCAAUAGCCUACAUUGUGGAUUGUAAAUCAGACAAGGUCUUCGGGAGUUUCAAUGCGAUUGUUGUAUAACUGCAA